CCCACCACACUCUGAGUAAAAGCAUUGCAAAUUACCUAGAUUCAAUUUUGUUUUAUUAAAACAACUCGAUGAAAUCGGGAACCGAGAUUACCGUACAUAGAUUAGAUGGGGAUUAGGCGUGACAGGGUCCAUUUAAUCUAUUUAUUCCCAAACCAACGGGUAUUUGGAUGAGUUUCAGCCUUGGAGCGGAUGGUGUACUGUUCUUGUAGAAUGACAAAUUUUUUGCUCUUUGGAAGUUCUCUGAGUCUUGUUUUUUCCUUUGCUGUUCUUCUUCUGUGCAAUGGCUGCUUCUGCCAAAAUUUAUCUGUUUGCGAAAAUGCUUCGUGUGGCACCAUCUUUGCUAAUAUGUCGUAUCCUUUCGGCUUAGCAAAUUCAGGAUGCGGUCACCCAGCUUUUCAGAUUCACUGUGUGUCUAGCAACCCACAUCUCACAAUCAAUGGUGUAAACUACACAGUUACAGAUUUAGAUCACAAUAGCAAAACGAUAACAGUGGUUAAUGAUGGAAUUUUUUCAAAUACAGUAUGCCCGUUUCCGCAGGGACCUGUUAAUCUCACCGCUUCUCCUUUUAUAGUGGCUCCUUUGUACAAUAAAAAUCUAACCCUCCUAACGGGGUGCCCAUUUGUUUCAUCGAUGUUCCCGAAAGUUGUUUGCAAUGGUGAUUCGUGGUAUGCCUGGAGUUAUAUACCGAUGCUUUGGCCCGUUGCUUGCACGGUGAUUCAAGUACCCGUAGUGGUACCGGAUUUUCCAAUUGCUAACGUUCUUCGAAAGGGGUUUGAAAUGUUGUGGAGUGAAACUGAUGAAAUGUUCAGAAAUUGCAGAGACUGUGAAAAAUUAAAGGGGAUUUGCGGGUUCAACAUUUCGGGUUCAUUUGUUUGCUAUGUCCCAAAUUCCACAACCAAUGGAAACUCCACUGAUCUACCUAAUAUUGCUGCUGCGAGCCCUAGCGCAGAACCAGCGGCUACUGCAAAUCCAAACGUUCUAUCUACCGGUGUCCGUCUCAGAGACAAAUCUUACACAAGAAUCAUAAUAGGUUUGUCUGUUGGAUCAGCAUUAUUGGUAAGCGCUGCCAGUAUGGCUGUAUUUCUGUGUUACAAAAAGGAUCCUCCUGCCAAACCGAAGCUCGAGAAGAGUUUAGAGACCCAGCACAUCCAACUGGGCACUUUUGAAAGCAAUAGGGCCUCUCUGUUAAUUUUCAGCUACCAGGAACUUGAACAAGCGACCGACAACUUUGAUGCGACGAGAGAAUUAGGUGAUGGAGGGUUUGCUUCUGUGUAUUUGGGGAAGCUCUGGGAUGGCCAAAUAGUUGCAGUGAAAAAACUUUUCCAUGACAACUCCAGAAGGUUGCAGCAGUUUUCCAAUGAAAUAGAGAUUCUCUCUUCAUUAAACCAUCCCAACCUUGUGCCUUUAAUUGGGUAUUGCCAGGACCGCAGCGAAUUACUUCUGGUUUAUGAAUAUGUCUCAAAUGGAACCUUAGCAGACCAUCUGCAUGGAGAAACCAAAGGAAAAAGCUUGGAAUGGGAAACCCGUUUAAACAUAGCCCUAGGAACUGCCCAAGCCUUGGCAUAUCUUCAUUUCAGCACAAAUCCCCCAAUUUUACACAGAGAUGUCAAGUCUUCAAACAUUCUUCUAGACCACAAUUUCAAAGCCAAGGUGGCAGAUUUUGGGCUUUCUAGGCUGAUGCCAGUAGAAGCCUCCCACAUUUCUACAGGCCCUCAGGGUACCCCUGGUUAUGUUGACCCUGAUUAUCACCAUUGCUAUCGGCUUACUCACAAAAGUGAUGUGUACAGUUUUGGGGUGGUUUUAGCAGAGCUGAUUUCUGCCAAAAAGGCCGUGGAUUUAACCAGGGAUAAGAGGGACAUUGGGCUUGCUGAUUUGGUUGUGUCCAAGAUUCAAAGUGGGGCUUUGCAUGAACUUGUGGAUCCAAAGUUGGAGAUUAAUGUCAAGCCUCUGGUUAGAGACAUGGUGUGGAGGAUGGCUGAAUUGGCUUUUAGAUGCCUUGCUGCUGAAAAGGAUGACAGGCCUAAUAUGAUGGAAGUGACUGAUCAGCUUCAGGAGAUUAAACGGCUGGGAUAUGGUGGGUUCACUCAAAAGAAUCUCAGUUCGUAUAAUUCCUCUAAUAGUGCCCUGGAGACUAAGAAAUUGCUUAGCCAUAUGUACACUGGUUCACCCACUUCUGUUCAGGACAAGUGGAGGAGCACAAGCACUACACCAGACAGCAGUGAAUGAAAGGGGGUGUGAUAUUAUAUUAAUUAAGGCCUUAACCAUGUGGCCAUUUUUCCUCCCCACAUUUUAAAAUUUGGAUUUUCAUCCUAAAUUUUUAUUUCCUGCUUUGACAGAAACGUAGGCACAUUACAAGUAUUGUACAAAUUCCAGAGCAAUGUAACGUUGAUCUUACUAUAUAGUAUAUAGUAUAUACUGCACAUAUAUUGCCUCUUGUAUGAGCUUUUAAACAACUGCAUAGCUUUGGUUGUAACACUACAGAUUUUAAAUUUAUAUAGCUUAUUUAUGUGGAUCACUUACAGUAUAGUGCCCUCUGCACUAUACUGGCAACCACAGAGUACUGCUUUCCAGCAAAGUGCAAUUUGAGAAAAAGGGUUCCAAAAAAUACAGUAAAUUGUAUAUUAAAAGAUAUAUGAGAAAAAUUUGCUUAUUGUGAUUUUUAAGAGUA